AUAAUUGUGAUUGUCUUUUUCACCUGCACUCACCUAUAUUUCCAAGUUUACAAGCUUGUCUUGAAACGAGUUAAUACCAAAGGUUUCUCAUUAUUUCACGAACAAUUUAGUACGGCUAACGCGUUUCUCUUGAACCAAAGAAUCAUACAAAUGUGCAUUAGUGCUCGGAGGUGAACGACGGCUAAAUUCAAGAUUGAAGUUUUGACACGCAUACCUACACAUUAAGCCCAACAUCAUAAACUGCUAUUUGGAGCAUGAAGACCGGCAUUUUAAAGGAUGGCCGCCCCUCGCAGCCGUACGCCGUGGCCGACCCCGACCUCUCCACGCCGUCGGAGGGCGCGUCGGACGGCGUCGGCGGCGACGGCGGCGGCCGCGGCAGCUGGGGCAGCCAGAUCGAGUUCAUCCUGUCCUGUCUGUCGUACGCGGUCGGCCUCGGUAACAUCUGGAGGUUCCCCUAUCUGUGUUACCAGAACGGAGGAGGUAUUUGUCGCGACGACAGCGAGGCACAGGCGCCUUCCUGAUCCCGUACGCCAUCAUGCUGAUCUUCACGGGCAUCCCGCUGUUCUUCUUCGAGCUGUCUCUGGGCCAGUACACCAGCCUGGGACCGGUGGCCGUCUGGAGCGUGUGCCCGCUGUUCCAAGGCAUCGGAUACGCCAUGUUCUUCAUCUCGCUGUUCAUCGGCAUUUACUACAACAUGAUCCUGGCGUGGACCAUCUUCUACCUGGCGUCCAGCUUCACUGACAGCCUGCCGUGGAACAGCUGCGACAACUGGUGGAACACCGAAGCGUGUCGUCGGUUCGACGCCAAGAACUGCACGCUGCUGAACGGACUGCUGAACGCCACGGGCGCCUGCAUCUUCCGCGAUCAGGUGGACAACACCACGUGGGCGGCGCUGAACGCCACCGCCUCCAGCCGACGCAUGCCCGCCGACGAGUUCUUCCAUAACUUCAUGCUGGACAUCACCGAGGGCAUCCACGACACGGGGGAGAUGAAGUGGAAGCUGGUGCUCUGUCUGAUGGCCGCCUGGGUCCUCGUCUUCCUGGCGCUGCUCAAAGGAGUCCAGAGCUUCGGAAAGGCGGUGUACUUUACGGCCACGUUCCCGUACCUGAUCCUGGUGUGUCUGCUGGUUCGUGCCGCCACACUGCCCGGCUACAUGGACGGCAUAUCGUUCUACCUGACGCCGCGCUGGGACAAACUGGCCAACGCCAAGGUUUGGGCGGACGCAGCCGUGCAGAUUUUCUUCUCGCUCUCGCCGUGCUGGGGAGGUCUGAUCACACUGGCCUCCUACAACAACUUCCACAACAACCACUUCAGAGAUGCUAUUUUCGUGGCCUGUGGCAACUGCUUCACCAGCUUCUUCGCCGGGUUCGUCAUCUUCGGCAUCGUCGGCUUCAUGGCGCACGAGCUGGGCGUCAAAGUCGAGGACGUGGCCGCACAGGGUCCCGGUCUGGCGUUUAUCGCCUACCCGGAGGCGGUGUCUCGGCUGCCCAUCUCGCCGCUCUGGUCCAUCCUCUUCUUCUUCAUGCUGCUGACGCUGGGCAUGGGAACUCAGUUCACCAUCCUGGAGACGAUCGUCACCACCGUCACCGACCUGAACCCGCACCGGCUGCGGAAACACCACACGCUGGUGCUGCUCGGCUGCUGCGCCUUCAUGUUUAUCUGCGGUCUGCCCAUGUGCGGCAGCGGAGGACUCUACGUACUGACGCUGAUGGACAACUACGCGGGCACCUUCUCGGCGCUGAUCGUGGGCAUGACGGAGAUCCUGGUGGUGGCGUACGUGUACGGCGUGGAGCGUUUCUUGGACGAUAUCAAAGUCAUGCUGGGCUUCUACCCGUUCCACUACGUGUGGUGGAAGUGGUCCUGGAGGGUCAUCACGCCGGCUCUGGUCACGGGUAUUCUGGUGUUCACCUGGAUCGACUACACGCCUCUGAAGUACGGCGACUACGACUUCCCGCUGUGGGCCAACCUGCUCGGCUGGCUCAUCUCCUUCACCUCCGUGGCCAUGAUCCCGCUGCUGGCCGUCAUCAAGGUGUACAGGAUGGACGGCGACCUCACCGUCAGGGAGCGGAUACGGAUCCUGUGUCAGCCGGACGCCACCUGGGGCCCGGCGCUCGACACCCAUCGGAUGGAGGCCAAACUGUCCAAACGGGCCACCAAACACCGCAACAGACGCGUCAACGACGAGGACGAUCCGACGGAGCAGGAGGGUCUGCAGAUGACCCUGCCGUCGAUCCGGGAGGACCGUGAGGACAAAUAGGACGAGGCUCGGUCGCGGGCCGGACCGGCCGGACCCGUCAGAUAGCCCCGGCCGCCGGACUCGGCAGUCGCCGGUCCGCCGCUCCUCGGACCGCAGUGCUGAGCCGCGCCCGUCACAUGCAGAAGAGACAGUGAGCCGUACCAGCUAGGGUAGGUGCCCGGUUAGAGCGGCGGAGAGCAGCCUGCAACUGCUGCCGGGAAACGGACCGUCGUCGGUACCGGGCCGGCCUCAGUCGACCGCCGACAGCGCUGCCUGUGAAAAACCAAAGCGUUUGUGUUUCGUUUUCGCCGUAGUGUGCUGGGCGACUCGGUGUGUCUACAACUGUGGAGCUGUCUGAGGCGGCUGGCUCUCUGUGAUGCGAGCUGCAGGGAAUUACUGGAGGCCUUCUUUUCGCCAGGGCAGAGCGGAACACUAUUUUCUCACGGGCUGCAUGAGAUUAGAGUGGCAGAGUUACUGCAAUCCUUCUGAGCUCGAAUCAGCCCUCUGAGCUGUGGCUUGUCGUAGCCCUUUGUGAGAUAUAGCUACCCAGCCCCUGUGAGCUGGUGACUCGUCCCAGCCCUUUGUGAGCUGUGGCUCGUCCCAGCCCUCUGGAGGCCGUGGAUCGUUACAACUCCCACUGGAGGCUGACGACGCCGCAGGCUCUCUGCAAACGGAUGAGCGCAGCUGCUGCGACCGCUCGUGGCUGACGGUCUCCUCAGUCACCCGCGGUGUGCCGUGGUAUGCCACCGAGCGACUGCUUUGGGUACCGACGCUCCACGGAGGGGCUGAGGUUUUGUUCAGUGGUGUGCCAACAUCCGGUCCGUAAGAAGUACCGCAGGGAGCGGAGGCGACAACUAUAACCCCGCUCAAAGUGGCGACUCCUGGCGGUUUCGACGCGGAGAGAGCUGACUCGGUUUUUCGCCGAAUGGGCGGUGUUGUUGGUGCGUGCUGCUUGUUGCUGCAUUUUGUCACGUAGGACCGGAGCUGUGCUACCUACUCAUCGCGACCCGCGGGCUUCACUUGUACUUUUAGUCAGCUAAAUGUCAUAGAGAUGUUGAUCUAGUCGGCACUGGGGAGAAAACAAGCACAGGGGAUAUUGCAUUACCGUGCCUCGGAAAUGGCGAGCUUCAAACACAAUGCAGGUUUAAUUAACUGCGAUGUUCCAUGGAGCUGCUUAACCUUUCACUAGACUUUUUAGUCCUAAUUUGCAUGCGAGGUGCAUCCUAGAUUAGGCUAAGACAAAAUGUCAUUCACAUAGUCGAUUGUGCUAUUGAUGUUGGACAGUACCUAUAAGCGGCGUGAUAGCCACAAAGUGCUGUGUAACUAACACAUGUGUAUUGUGAUCGCUGAGAGAUGUCCGAGUGCCCGAGACGGUGCCCCGAGGACAGUAUCGCUCCGUUGGUGUUAUCUGUGCGUGUAUUGACGGUUUUGGUGUCCAGCCGGCUCCUUGUGAUGGCGUGUGAUACGUGCCAUUACGGUGAACCAAAGCGUAGCAGCGAGAUGUUUUCGAAUCUAAGACUGACCGAGGCAGGUAGUAAGGCAGGUGUCGGGACGGUGCGUUGCUCGAGUCGUGUUUGUGUGAGCGCAUCUGUGAGUGGGAGUGUGUUUGUGUGAAUGGGGGACACUUCCGACGCUUCGCCAGCUAAGACGGGGACGAUUUGUUUUGUAGUCUCCUGACAUCACCGUUAGUCAUGUUCAAAUAUUCGUUUCCUCAUUGGCAGAAACAAUCUGAAGCAUAACCGACGUAGUAAAACGACUAAGCCUCGCAGAAUAAACAACAAAGAAUAGCUGCUGUAUACAAAACAGAUUCCUAACCUGAUAUUGCAAUACGUGGCACAUAAUUUACCUGUCCGGAGAACAUGUGACUUUGUGUCGUGUUUGGAUUCUUUGCUGCCUGUACCUACUCGGACCGUUUGACUUUACUGUGCGGCCGGUAUGUGCCGAGCUGGCCCGGGCAGUCAGCCCUGACUGGGAUGGACGCGUGUCAUCAGGCCUCACCCAAAGCCGCGGCGGCCACUGGUCACACAUGCUGGAACGUUUGGAUUGGAUGACUGAAAUACACAUAAAAAUGGGGACUG